AACCCUAGGCCAUGGUGGGUACUGGGUAGUGGGUGUGUACGUUAAAUUUGUAGCUGUUGGAUAAGUUAGUCUGCCGCGAACCAACGCUGCGUACUGUCGUAUCUCGUGUUUUGAAUCUCAAUUUCAGGAAAAAUGGAGAACGUUGUAUUAUACUACUUCCCCAUCAAGGGUCUUGGUGAAGGUCUUCGUAUGCUGUUGACUUACGGCGGACAGAAGUUCGAAGACCACAGAGUGCCCAAGGAUCAAUGGCCGGAAUUCAAACCAAAAACCCCAUUCGGCCAGAUGCCAGUACUUGAGAUCAAUGGAAAGAAAAUCAGUCAGACACUGGCCAUUGCCCGCUACCUCGGGCGCAAAUACGGAAUCGCCGGAGACAAUCUUGAAGAGUCCUUCGAAAUCGAUCAGAACAUGGACUUUUUCACUGAUAUUCGUCUAAAGGCCUCAACCGUUAUGCUAGAACAAGAUCCCGCCAUCAAGGAAAAGAUUAAAGCGGACCUGGAGAAGAAUUACUACCCUGAAGCCUUGAAGAAACUUAACGAGCUCAUUGGCAAGAACAACGGACAUAUUGCCAAUGGAAAGUUAAGUUGGGGCGACUUUGUAAUCGCCGGCGUAUAUGACGCGAUGAAGAACAUGCUCCUCCAAAUGCCUGACUUGGACGAAAAGUACCCAAACCUGUCAAAAUUGAGGGACAACGUUAUUUCUUUACCUAAAGUCAAGGAAUACGUGGCUUCUGCGCCUAAGACAGAUAUCUAAAUUAAGUUUAAACAUGGCAUAGAAAGGCGAACGAUUUCUGUAUUAUUUUCGUUUUAUUUCAAUCACUAAACGAAUCUGUGACAUCUUAUUUUAGACAUCAAACUGAGAUGUGACAAAGGAAAGUUGGCAACACUUUUUUAUUAUUAUAGAAUGGCAAAAUACCACUAAAAUUGCUUUAUUAUAAUGAAGAAAUACAUAAUGUUUAAAUUGAUUAAACAACAUUUUUUAUAUUGUAUAAAAACUUUUCUGCCGACUCUAUGCCCAUUAAAAAUUUUAGUCUGUGCAUUGUGUGUUGCAAGUAUUAUGUAAAAUUUUGUCACGAUCACAAAUUAUAUAUGUUGAGAAUAGUUGAUAAUUGUUUAUCACAAUUGAGAAAUGUUAUAAUAAUAUAGAUAUUAUAUUAAUAUAUGUCUAUAUUAAUAUAGUCUUUAUCUGGUUUAGUUUUCAUACAUUUUGCAGAAAAUAUAUAAUAUCAGAUUUAAAAACAGUGAUGUUUUGUACCAGACCUAGUAUAGAUACGUAAAAUAUAUUUUAUUAAAACACAAUA